AGGUCAAAAUUGCCGUCUAAUGAAUGCAAAGUUCGACUCAAACUCCUACUCCUUUCAAGCUAAUUAACACCAACUCUCUCUCUCUCUCUCUCUCUCUCUCUCUCUACUCCUUUCUGGCUAAUUAACACCAACUCUCUCUCUCUCUCUCUCUCUCUCUCUCUCUCUCGCUAAUUAACACCAACUCUCUCUCUCUCUCUCUCUCUCUCUCUCUACUCCUUUCAGGCUAAUUAACACCAACUCUCUCUCUCUCUCUCUCUCUCUCUCUCUCAUGGAAAGCAAGGAAGUAGUAAAGCUUUUGGGAUUCUGGGCAAGCCCAUUUCCCUUUAGAGUGGAGUGGGCUCUGAGACUGAAGGGCGUAGAGUAUGAAUACAUUGAAGAAGACCUCUUUAACAAGAGUCCUCUGCUUCUGGAACUGAACCCAGUUCACAAGAAGGUGCCAGUGCUGAUUCAUGGAGAAAAAGUGAUCCCCGAGUCGUUCGUAAUUCUUGAGUACAUCGAUGAGACGUGGAAACAAUUUCCACUUUUGCCUCAAGAUCCUUACGACAGAGCCAUGGCGCGAUUUUGGGCCAAAUUUGCAGAGGAGAAGUUUUGGAUGAAUGCAUGGAGGGCUUUGUGCACCGAGGGAGAAGACAAAGAAAUGCAUCUGAAAGAAGCCUUGGAGUCCUUGGAGAAGAUAGAGCAAGAGUUGAUCAAAGGGAAAUGCAAGUUUUUCGGAGGGGAAAGCAUUGGUUACCUGGACAUUGCACUUGGGGUGAUCUCUCACUGGCUUCCUGUUUUUGAGGAAAUUGGAUCCGUGACGAUCGUAGACCCAAUCCAGUUCCCAGCCACCGCCAGUUGGAUGGAAAAUUUCCGCAACCACCCCGUGGUCAAGGACAAGUUGCCGCCGAGAGAUAAGAUGGUUGUUUAUUUCCAGUGGCGAAGCAAGGAAAUUCGUGCCAAAAUGGCCCCUGUUACCAAAUCUUAAAAUAAGUGACUAAAAAGUAUCGGAAUAAAUGAGAUCGCAUGCUCUCAACGACGGAGGGGAUUUGAAAUAAACACAUAUUGUACGAGUUGCUUCAUUUACCUUGGCUACUUAUCUUUUCCUCAUUUACCUAAUAUGAGUACACGUGCUCGCUCGUUCGUUCUUUA